UAGGAAGGGAGGCAUGGUGGAAUGAGGCUGAGGAUGAAUCACAAAGAGUGUCCUUAAAAAGAUCCAGAUCCAUCCAGGAGGGACUGCAGAGCGAGGGAAAGGAGGAGCGGGUCAAGGUCAUGAGAUGGGACGAAUUCUCUCUUUCGGAACGUCAUCCUAUCCAAGGUGCAACGGGGGCCCCGCCAAGAUAUCCGGGAAACAACGCACCUUUGGCGCCCGCAAGUGGGAACUUUUGCAAAACAAUCCAAGCAAAAUCGAGUACGAGAAGCAUCUCGGAUUCUAAGACAGUGGAUUCUCCUGAAACGCCCGCCCAAGGGCAGUUGGCUCAGAAACCCAGAAUGAAUACAUGUCCCAUCUGUGGGAAAAGCUUCGCUUAUAGGUCUCUCCUGCACGAACACGAACGAAUCCAUGCCAAGGAGAAGCCCUUUAAAUGCAACGAAUGCGGCAUCAGCUUCAGUCAAAUGGCAACCCUGACCUCUCACAAACGCAUCCACACGGGGGAGAAACCCUAUCAAUGCAUGGCAUGCGGAAAGAGUUUUAGCCAUAGCAUCACUCUCCAUUCUCAUCGAAGGAGCCACAAAAUUUAAACGCGCCGAAGCGGCAAAGGCCGCCAUAUUCAAAAUCCAAAGCCUUCCCAAACAGCAAAAUUUUGUGCAGGGCAGAAACUGAUGGUUAUAUUCAUCGUGGAAAGUACCUCAAGCUUUAGGUACAAACUCUUACAAAUCUCUAUAAAUAGCCUCCUUUUUUUUGGCAGCUGCCUGAAAUACUGAUUUGGAUUCUUCUUUUUCCCUGCCCCAACAUUAUUUUUCCGAAGUUCUAUUUAGCUAGUUUUAUUGAGUUGAGAAAGAGAGAGAUGGGAUUUAUUUAAUGAUUAAUCAUAAAUGCUUUUAUAUCUGUUUUUUUCCUUACUACUGUAAGCCACCCAGAGAAAAUUCGAGGUGGUGAGACGGGCAGCAUCUACAUUUAGACACUAACUGAAAGAAUAAAUAAAUAAACUAGAAUCCCAGCUAGUGAAUUCAUUUCAAUGUAUGUUUAUGGAGAUUCUCAGUCCUCCAGAUCAUGGUUAUCCCAAAGGUGCUUUUUCAAGAGGGAACUGGACUUUCUGAUAUUUCUUGAAAAAGCACCUUUCAGAUAUUCAGUAUAUAUUAGGGCAAGAGCCAGUUUGGUGUUGUAGUUUUAAGACAACAGGGAAGCCAAGUUUCUAUAGAUGUAGGAGAAGAUUAGACAUAAACAACAUAUGAGCAUACAAGGAAGAGAGCAAACACAAAUCAAGACACUAAAACAGUGGUUCCCAAUGUUGGGCCCAUGCCCCAGAGGGGUAAUUUGAACCUUGUUUAAACCAAGUUAAUGGCCGCGUGAGUAGAGUUCACUUUUUUAAAAAAUAUUUUUU